CCUCAACCAGUGCAACCCACACAACUCAGCCUUCCGGCAUGGCGAAGCUGAUUCGAAGGGCGAACAGCUGGCUUACGCAACCAUCCCGACCGUCACCAGGUUCUCUCCCCGCUCCGCAGAAGAAGUGGCUUGUGUCGAACACUGGCUUAGAUAUUCGGAAAUUACCAUUGGCGGGCGCCAAGCGGCAGUUGUUUUGGACAUGGCGGACCCUCCCCGGCCUAAGGUAUUAGUUCUGGGGUUGCUGCAUCACGAAUACCGGCCCUAUCACGGCCCUGUUCCUCUUCCAGAACAGCGCAGCCCUGUACGAAACCGCGGUAAACAUAGAUUCGAUCAGGCUUGCGUGAGCCUUGCCCCUGCGCCCAAAUGGCUGACCAGUAACGUCAAGCCUAUUUGCACACGUAACCACCUGCUGCCAAGAGGCUACGAUAAUGAACCUCGACCCACAGGCUGUCAAAGAUGCCGAAAAGCGUUGCGCGCAUGGUGGUGAUGAUUCGUAGUGCGGAGAGGGAGAUGAGGGCGAGCUCGUGGUAUAAUAAGGCGAAGAUGCCGUCGAGACUUCUACCAUUCCUUCUCACCACCAGCGCCAACAGCUUGCACUCUUUCACACAGAACUAUCAAAGUUCUACUUCCUUCGUUCAAGAACAUCGUUCAUUUACUAUCAUACGGACCAGAUACCUAAGUCACUAGGUAACCAGCACGAUGAGAUUCAGCAGUUCAGUCGUGUCCGGCUUAGCCGUCCUAUCGGGCUCCGUCCUCGCACACCCGGGCCACGACAUCUCUCACGAGAUCUUGGAGCGCCGCGAAUAUCUCAGCUCCGUCAAGCGUACCAACCUCGACCACUGCGCCCCGAAGCUAAAGGCACGCGGCGUCGAGAAGCGCAACGUCGAGCGCCGAGCCGCCUUGCUCGAGAAGGCGCGAGCGAAGAGAGGUCUUCACAAGAAGCGCGACCUCGCAUCGGUCUUGGCUACUAGCCACAACUCUACCGGUCUCGGCUACACCCCGAACACCGAUGCCACCACCCUGUUCGCCGGCUACAACGCCUGCCUCCUGACUCCCGAGGUCACCCAGGGUCCUUAUUACGUCGGCGGCGAAUAUGUCCGAGAGAACAUUAUCGAGGACCAGGAAGGUGUCGACACCAUCCUCGACUACCAGGUCAUCGACAUCAACACCUGCGAGCCCGUCACCGACGUCUAUGUCGAGAUGUGGCACUGCAACGCCACCGGCGUCUACGGCGGCAUCGUAGCCAGCGGAAACGGAGACUCCUCCGACGAGACCAACAUCGACAACACCUGGCUCCGCGGCAUCCAGAAGACCAACACGGACGGCGUGGCGCAGUUCGAAACCAUCUUCCCCGGCCACUACACCAGCCGCGCAACUCACAUCCACAUCAUGAUCCACCAGGGCGCUGUCCUCCUCUCCAACUCUACCCUCGGCAACAACGUCAGCGCCAGCCACGUCGGACAAGCCUUCUUCGACCAGGACCUCAUCUCCGCCGUCGAGCUCACCGCACCCUACAACACAAACACCCAGGAGCUCACCACCAACGCCGACGACGGAAUCCUGUCCGAGGAGACCGCUACCGAAGGCGUCGAUCCCUUCUACGAGUACACCCUCCUAGGCGACACGAUCACCGACGGAAUCUUCGGCUGGAUAGCCUUCGGAAUCAACGCCACCUCCACCACGUCCAUCACCCCCGCAGCCUUUUACUACAAGGAGGGAGGUGUCGCUAACCCCAACUCUGGACCACCGGGCGGCUCCGGCGGCUCUGCCCCCAACGGCACCGCUCCGGGUUCUUCUGCCUCUGCCUCUGCUUCGGCUUCGGCUUCGGCGUCCGCAUCUGCAUCCGCGUAAAGUGGUGUAGUCUUGAUGAAGAGUCUUGGGACCUGAAAAGAUCAGGGAAUAUGGUUCUUCCGCGAUGGAUAUGGGGUUUAGGAUUGUACAGGCGCAAGGGGUCCGGUUUCAUUUGGUGUAAAUACGAUAUCCAAAAUAAAUGCAUUGGUGCUAAAUUGGGUCCUGACGUAGUCUGGAGACUGCUGUGUUGCAUACGGUGUCGCCCUGCCUUCGUGCAAGGAGCGUCACCAUCUUCCAUUCAUUUCUCAAGGGUUAAUCCUUCAUUAUAGAAUCAAU